CACAUGGUAGCUUAACUGCCUACACCUUACAUUCUACAUUAUGGAGAAAAUCUAGUCCCUAAGAUAUGAUAAGCGGUGACUCUUCCAGACUCUGUGAGGGAAAAACUUAAGUUUUAUGCUUUUACUGCCAGUAGGAGACUGAUAAAUUCUAGGUUUUCUCAGACCUAGAAAUCAACCUUCAUUCUGUGGUAGAUUUUUUGAGGAAGGAAAACAAAUGUUUUUCAGCUCUUUCUUCCCAUGCAAGUUCAGAGUUGUUUUGUUUUUGGUUUUGUUUUUGUUUUUUAAUCUUCUCUUUGGGUCGCCUCCUUUCUCUCCGUGGCUCCUCAGAAAGAGUUAUUCAAGUCCACAAAACAGCCAAAUGACUCAAGACCUAGAUCUGUAUUCUCCUUCACCUUGCCCCCCCUCAACUAGCCGCCCCCCACCCCAGCCAAACAAGGGACCCCAGGAAAAACCGGAGGGCAAGGACUGCAAAAGAGAAGGUGAGUAGAAGGAAGGAACAGGGUGGCUGAAUAGUUAAGGGCUAGUCCUUGUCGUCUGGCUCUGCUAAGUGCCGAAUGUCAGGAGGGCAAGUUGACUGCGUGGGGAGCACUGGCCAGCGCCUCGCCCUGCGCUUUGUACCCAACGGCAGCUGAGGCCAGGGCGGUGGGAGGGCUCGCGCUUUCCUUUCACUUUCUCAGGUCGCCAAGCCCGACACCUGGGGACCGAACACCAGCUCCCACCACUCCGACCAGGCCCGGAGGGAGGAAGAAAGGUGUGGAGGGCGGGGAAGGAAAACUAGGAGAAUAAAGUAAACAUUACCUGCCAGCAGAGGUGGGAGAGCGAGCCAGGUCCAUUCUAGGUGGCAAGGAGCCAUGCAAUUCUCCAGCUCAUCCAGGGCAGCAGAUGAGAAUUUUGACUAUUUGUUCAAGAUUAUCCUCAUUGGGGAUUCCAAUGUGGGGAAGACGUGUGUGGUACAGCAUUUCAAAUCUGGGGUCUACACAGAGACACAGCAGAACACGAUUGGGGUGGACUUCACUGUGCGCUCCCUUGAGAUCGAUGGCAAGAAAGUGAAGAUGCAAGUGUGGGACACGGCGGGCCAGGAGCGCUUCCGGACCAUCACUCAGAGCUACUACCGCAGUGCCCACGCCGCCAUCAUUGCCUACGACCUCACCCGACGGUCCACCUUCGAGUCUGUUCCUCACUGGAUCCACGAGAUAGAAAAAUACGGAGCGGCGAACUUGGUCAUUAUGCUGAUUGGGAACAAAUGUGACCUGUGGGAAAAACGGAAUGUCCUGUUUGAGGAUGCCUGCACACUGGCUGAGAAGUACGGCCUCCUUGCUGUUUUAGAAACAUCUGCCAAAGAGUCUAAGAACAUAGACGAGGUCUUCAUGCUGAUGGCCAGGGAGCUGAUCACCCGCAACAGCCUGCACUUAUUUGGGGAGAGCACCCUGAACAGCCUGUCCCCGGAUUCUAGGCCGGUCCUUGUGGCCCAGGGUCCGAAGGAGAAGACCCACUGCAUGUGCUGAAGACGUUCACGAGGCCAGUUGCAGCCACUGGAUGCCACGUCUGAUGCUGAAGGUAGCUGGAUACCCUGUUGUCUGCCACGUAGCAUCUCAGACCAAAGCACAGACUUGCCGCUGGGCCUUAACCCUUUCCUCCAGGAUGGGGAGCACUUUGCCUGGAAUCACACCAGAGGCCAGACCUGCUGACCCCGAGUAAAGCCACACCACUGUUUCUCUUGGUUCUGUUUCAGACUUGAGGCACAGGGGUAGGAGGACAAGGUCUACUCUUUAUCCUUCCAUUUUGUCUCCCCAACGCUUCCAACCAGUUUCUACUGAAUUUUGCUUCUCGCUUGAAGAAGGUAGUGAAGAAAGAAUAAAGGAGGGAUAUCAAGAGAGGGGAGAGGAUGUUUAGAACAUUCCAGAGCUGUUUAAAACAGCUGGGGUGCG